AUGAAUCAAAAUAACAGAGUAGAUUAAUUGGAUAGUCUUGAAACUGAUGAAGAACUAGAUUUUUAAGAAUUUGAAAUGCCGUAAUUAGUUAGACGAAAUGGAAUGACUAAUACUCAGUCAGAAUUUACGGGUUAUUUUAUAUUGGAUAAACCAGUCGAUAAUAUAUUCGAAGAAGAAUAUUGCCCAAUUUGUUUGGAGUCAUCAGAACAGUUAUAUCCCUUAAAAUGUGGGCAUACUUACUGUUAAAAUGAUAUAGAAAAUAUGAUUGAUAUCUCUAAAAAGUCUAAUGGCUUAUUCUCAUGCCCGAUUUGCAGAGCGUAUUAAAGUCUAGAUUCAUAUGAUGAAGUUUAUCAAUUGAAAAAGCAAAAUCUUGUGAAUUGCAACAAUUUUCGCUAUUGA